AUGACGUUGAGCUUGGUGACUGUGCUCAAAACACAUAAAGAUGACAGCCAUUCCAUUUCCCUCAAGAACACAGUGACUCCAUCUACUUACACCCAGGAGAUGUUGCGGUCUACAGAUGAGCGCCUGGCUAACACCAACAGCAUGCAUCAGCCCCGCAUCCUGGAACUGCUUGACAUGAGCAAGACUUCACAUCACAAAUUGUCUUUAGUGGAUACGGAUCAGCCGCUCUUCAAACUGUACCCAUCUGAGCUGGUCUUCCAGAACUUCACUCCUGCACAGACCUACAUGUUACCUCUGCUUCUCCAAAACAUUGACAAGGUUUCACGACAAGUGAAGCUGGAGCUGCCAGGGUCCGAGUAUUUCCAUGUGGUCGGACCAAAGGAUGCAGGUAGCAUGGUUGCACCAGGACUGUCUGCUACCUUCACUGUCUUCUUCACCCCGCAGGAGAACAAGGACUACGACCAGAGGCUGGUUUGUGUGACAGAGAGGGAGCGGUUUGAGGUCCCAAUCCGUGCCAUUGGGCCACGGGCCAUCCUUGACUUUCGCGACGAGCUCCAUUUACCCGUCUGCCCUGUGAAAGCGUCUGCAGAGAGGACUCAGCUAGUCCGCAACAUAGGAAACGGCAAGGCCAAGUUCAAGCUAGACACACAGAGCCCUUUCUCAGUGACGCCCUCCUGUGGGACUCUUGAUGUGGGCGAGAGCAUGCAGGUGACUGUGAAUUUCAACCCAAUGACAGUCGGAGUCCACAGCCAAGAGCUUCUUCUGCACUAUCACACUGGUGAAGAUGUGCACAUCAGCUUGUAUGGCGCCUGUGAGGAACUGGACAUCCGCCUUCAGUCUGACUCUGUUCUGUUGAGUAAGACUUACAUUUCCUUGGCCAGCGUUGGCGCAGUAUCCCUCACCUACAGGAGUGAGAUCCCUCUGAAGUACUGCUGGACCACAUGGCCCAGCCUGCAGGAGGAGGCCCUGAGCUUAUUGAAGGAGAGCUCAGUGCUCCCGCAGAUAGAGGAUGGGGAGAGGGAGCGGCUGCUCGUUCAGUGCGAGUCCGACCCCACAGCGAUCCAUCGCCUCCCACUGCUGUCCAGAGCCCUGCAGGAGUACAGAAGCUCGGCUGUGAGGGACCAGCGCCUGGACCUCUCACACAGCUGCAUGACUGUGGAACCAGCGGUGGGUGAAAUAUGGCCCAACACCCCAGCACAGUUCAACAUUGUCUUCAAGCCCGAGGAGGCCAAACUGUACCAACAAACCAUAUAUUGUGAUAUCACAGGCCGUGAAGCUCGGUUGCCUCUAACAAUAAAGGCUGAGGGCAUGGGACCUGACCUCCAGCUCAACUAUGACCUGAUCGACAUGCAAAACGUAUUCAUUGGUGGCAAAAACUGUUAUGAAGUGCAGGUGCACAACAGAGGACUGAUUGAUGCCCCUUUCAGGCUGUCAAGCCCUGACACCACUUUCGGCCGCUGUUUCUCCUUCAGUCCUGAGGAAGGUGUUGUUCCCUCUGGGGCCUGCCAGAUUGUGGAAGUCACCUUCCACAGUCGCGUCUUGGGAACUUUCUCUGAGGACUUGCUGCUAACUGUCACAGGACAGCCGCAACCACUUACCGUGACUUUCAGUGGUUGUGUCAUUGGUCCCACAUUCCACUUCAGUCUUUCAGAGCUCAAUUUUGGAGAUGUAGCCUUUGGUUUUCCACUAACAUUGAUGUGUAUCCUCUUCAACACCUCCUUGGUGCCAAUGACUUUUGCCCUGCGUGUCCUGGGAGACGGGUUGGGGUCUCCCAGUAUAACUAGUGCCAAACAGGCGUCCGAGGUGUCCAGGAACAAUUGGGGAGGCAGUGCUGCUAGAGACCUUCAUGCACGGCCUGUGGAGUUCACCGUCAAACCUUCUGCGGGCUCUGUGCGUGCCUUGUCAGAUGUCACCAUUAAGGUGACGCUGUGCUCCAACACAGUCAAGCGAUACAGGCUGGGGCUGGUGGUGGAUGUUGACGGUGUCGGACAGGAGAUCAUGACUCUGCCUAUCAAUGCCAGGUGUGUUGUUCCUGAUAUUGUGGUGGAGACUCCAGUGUUGGACUUUCAAAGGUGUUUCCUUGAUCACCCCUAUGAACAGCAAGUGCGGCUGACCAACACCAGCACGCUGCCUGCCUGCUUCGGCAUGCUUGACCAGGAAUACGAGGAGAGUCCAUCUCUGCUUUUUGGCAGCUCCACACCAAGAGGAUUUAUUUUUCCCCACAGUUCAGAAGAGCUUCCUGUGUUUCUGCUGGCUAAGGCCGUUGGAAGGCAGCAGCACACUCUACGCAUUGCUGUGUUCGGCAGCAUCCAGCCACCCCUGGAGGUGGUGUUGUCAUGUGUUGGUCAGGGACCAGUAGUUCAUGUUCAGAGCCUACAGAUGGACUUUGGCACAAUCCCCGUUCUGAUGGACAUUACCAGAGUCCUGCACCUGUCAAACCAGUCACCUAUUCGAGCCCACUUCACUGCCCGCAUGAGCCACGGAAGGUCCUUUGGGCGAGUUGAGCCCAGCGAGGGGGAAGUGCCACCCGAGAGCCAGCUGGAGCUGAGCGUAGUGGCACACCUGAAGGACACGCUUCACUUCCAAGCCAGGCUAGAAGUAUCCAUCCAGGACAGCCAAACGCACACUGUGCUUCUAUCUGCCACAGGCACUGGCACCACAAUUGUCAGUGACAGACCUUUCGCUCCAAACCUUGACCUAGGCACAUACUUAAGCCAUGGGUCAUGCCAGUACCACUUCAAGCUGACCAACCAGGGCCAGCGAAUGCACCUGAUGUACUGGCGGAAUGACGGCUUCCUGCCCUCCACAAAAACCCGAAAAGGGGGCAGCUUAUCCGGACGAACUGUUCUGCCCCCAAUCUCUGCUCCCAGGAAGAAGGAUAUCUUGAGCCCUACGUCUUUGCUGUCCUCCAGCAGAGAGAAGCCGGUGUUCAGCCUCAGGCCUUCUCGGGUGGAGCUUCCCCCUGGCAGCUCCGUUGACAUGGUGUUGACGGGAUCUUCAGACUCCCCCAAGGUAGUACAGGAGCGUCUGGUGUGCCAUGGCAUUGUGGGUCGCCAGAGCUGUAAUAAGCUCAUCAUGUCUGUAGAUGUCACCUGUUGUUUUGUGGCUCCUAUGCUCAGCAUUUCCUCCAAGAAGCUGAAGUUCUACCUGGAGAAGGUCCCAGGAAAGAGUCUAAUGCCCUUAUAUGAGAAGCUCAUCCUGGAGAAUGUGUCGUCUCUGCCUCUGUCAGUGGAGCUCUCUCUUGUAGAGCCGUUCUCCCUGUGUGAGGCCUCUGGAGUUCAUAGCCCAGCUACCACUAAGUCCAUGGUUUUAGGUGAUGGGAAGCAGGCUGAGUUGUGGGUGUGCCUCAAUACAACUUACUGUCAUGAUCGGGUGUCACGAGUCGUGGAAGAGGUCCUUGAGAUACACUACCAGGGACACCCACAGCAAGACAUGGUGGAGCUGCACGCUGAGGUCAAUUUCCCCAACCUCCACUUCUCCACCACCGCGGUGGAUUUUGGCUGCGUGCUCAACUGCACGGGGACUCGUAGAGCAAUCUCCAUCACCAACAGCUCCCCGCUGCCUCUGUCCUACCACUGGGCCUUCCUUGAUGACCAAGAACCCAAUGCAAUCAGAGAGACAGAGAUGCUGGAGGCAGAGAGGGAGCAGACAAACCCAGAAAAUGAGACAGAAGAAGAAUGGUGGAGUUCCUCUAGAUCGCCUUCUCCUGCCUUUUCAGCUCCUCUCAGCCCCAGGCCAGGUGCAGAUGAACGGAGCAGCACACAGGGCACUGUGUUUGAUAUCUUGCCAAUAUACGGUCAUCUGCAACCCGGGGAGCAGCAGCAGGUCAUUAUCUCUUUCUAUGGCCACGAAAAUGUCAGCAGAGAGGUGGUAGCACAGUGCCGUGUGGAGGAGGGGCCGACGUAUGAAAUCCAACUCAGAGGAGAAGCAUCCCUAAUCAGCUACAGCCUUGACUCUACGCAUAUUGACUUUGGUCUGCAGCUGUUUGAUCACCAACUUGAAGCUGAGGUGACCCUGAGGAAUACUGGCAAGGUGGGGUUCAAAUUUAGCAUCAUACACCCUCAAAAGGAGGAUGGGGAGGCAGGGGGACAGAGGAAGGCCCUGGAAGAGGAGCAACAUAAGAAAGGACAGUAUGUCCUACCAGGCCAGCCCAUGGUCAUCCCCGCCAUGGGUUACAUCGAUCCCGGUGCGGAGCAAUGCCUGCGUGUGCUCUACCUCCCAGGCAUCCCCGAGGUGUUUGAGAAGCAGCUUCAGCUGCAGGUGGCUUUCCUGCCACUGCAGGUCAUCACGCUGACUGGAGAGGGAGUGUUCCCAAGGAUCACCCUAAACCUGCCACAAAACCUGUCAGAGGAGUGUUACAGGGAUGUGAUGCAGCAGGCCAGAACAGCUGUGGAGGGAGACAAGCUUAUGAAUGGAUCUGACACCUGUGGAGGAGCAACAACCGAGGCCACCCGCACCCUCAGAUAUGAAGAGCUGCUUCACAUGGAGAUUGAGAGGACGUUGGUCAAACGGAAUGCUCUUGCUGUGACCGGUAGCCUGCUGGAGCUCAGAGACUCCCAAGGUUCCCCCAGAAAGUGGCACAAACUUAGCCAGUUCCUGCUCCCAGAGUAUGUUUUGGAUUUUGGUAACGUCAUUCCAGGCAAAGUCCUCAGUCACACUGUAAAUGUGACCAACACUGGAUCAGUGGCUGUGUCCUUCCAUGCCAAUGGCAAACCUCUUGCUGGAUCAGGAUUCAGUGCAGACAUGGAAAGAGUGAAAAGCCUGCCAUGUGGAGAGACACAGACUUUCACAGUUAAAUUUGACCCACAGAGAGCCAACCUAAAGAUGGGGGACACAAGCGUUGUCAUGCCAAUACAGGUCACAGGCGGCCCGAUGGUCCAGGUGCGGCUGUGUGCAGUGGUGACUGUGCCGGCCGUCACUGUUUCGACGGAUACACUGCAGUUUGACACUGUGCAGUGUGGCAUGUGUCAGAUGAAGACGAUACAGCUGUUUAAUCAUGAGUCUGUGCCAUGCUACUGGAGCAUAGCCGAGAAAGGGAAGCCUCUCAAAAAGGUACAACAGUUUCUUGCUCUCUACCAGCGUAAAAAGGACUUGCAGAGGCAGCAACCGCCUCCCGUGGUGUUUAAGAUGAUUCCCAGCUCUGGCGUGCUGUCCCCUGGUGAACGAGUCAAUGUCCAGAUAAAGUUCAGCCCUCUUGAGGGGCAUCCUUAUAACAGGCAGCUCGUGGUCCGUGUGGCUGACAGCAGCGAGCAGGUGCUCAUUUCAGCACAAGGGCAGGGGGAGGAGCCACAACUGGAGUUCUGCCCGUCGGUGCUGGAGCUGGGUCCUUGCCUGCCUGUCACCACUGAGGUUGAGGCUGUGGUCACCGUCAAAAACCCCUGCUCAUUCCCCGUUGAGUUCUACUCCCUGGAAUUCGACACACAGUAUCUUGAGGAGGAAAAGAUCCUGCGUCUGAUGCAGGGUUAUGAUGAGAACAACAUAUUACUGCUGCCUCCCAGAGCCCCUGGAGAAAGUCUUCCCACUGAACUGCUCGACUACUACAAGGAGCACUGCUCCCAGCUGAAAGAUGAUGCAGAGCUGAAUGAAGGCCUGGAUGAAAAAGAAGCCGUGAUGGGUGACACACAUGAGGAUGGAGAGAGGUCAAGACAAAACGAAGGCCACCCACCAGACAGCAGAGUGGAACAAAUUUACACUUUAAGUGGGAAACCAUCUGAAUUACUCGUUUUGGAGAUGACCAAAGAUGGAAGCACUGUGGGACUGGGGCAGCUGGAGAUGACCCCCGUCUCCAGAGCAAUUGCCCGCCACAUGUGUGUUGAUCUGUCACCCGAGGGUCUGGCUGCACGCAACCGCAGAGGCAUUGCUGUUAUUGUAUAUGGAGCCCCACUGACAGAUAAGGGCAGCACAGUGGCUGAUCUGGGACGUCACUACAGAGGGGCGUGCCUGAGUGUUGAUGCUGUGGUUACAGAGGUGCUCAUGAAUGGCACUUCACCUGUUAGCCUCACUGCAAGACAACUCUAUGACUGUGCUGCUGCCGAGUAUGCUGAGAGGAAGCUUGAGGAGGCUGCUCAGACCACAGAACCAGGAGGACCUCCAGCACAUCUAGGAACCUCAGAACCAGCUCCACAUUCAGCUCAAGCUUCACGUGACACUGUGGAAGUUCCUCCAAAACCCAGUGAAGAGGGCUUCAGUGGAAAUGACUCCAAGGAUCCUCAGGAGACUGAAAACACACACAUUUCCCUUUCCCUGGGAGGAGAUGUGACCACACUCGGCAAUCUCUUGCCAGAACAGCUACUGAUUGAUAUUCUGGCAGAAAGAUUUCAGCUAAGCGACUGUCACCGUGGCAUCGUGAUUGACAGCCUGGAGUCUGUGUACGCCCAGUCAGCAGCCAGCACGCUGCAAAUUCUUCUCAAGGCCCUUAAUAACCGCAAACAUAUCUAUGUAGUCAACCUGUCUGACUCUUACACUGCCCUGAAGGCACGGGAGAAAGCACAUAGAGAAGCCGAGGAGGCUCUGCAGAAAGAGAAAGCUGACAGGGAGGAGCAGUGGCUGCAGGAGCUGGAUGAGGAGGAGUAUGAAGCUCUGCCAGAGGAGGAGAAGGAGCGUAUUGUCCAGCGACUAAGAGAGAAACGAAGACAGCAGAAACUCAGGGAGCUUGAGCGUAUAAUGAAAGAGCAGGAAGAAAAGAGGCACCAGGAAGAGAUGAAGAGGUUGAGAGAAGAGGAAUUAAAGAAGAAGAGCAAAAAGGUUGUGAAGAAGGAUACUAAAGAAGUGACGAGGAAGAAGAGCUUGCUGGAGGGGAAGCAGUCAGCAGAUGCAUUGAAUGUGCGGAGGAUGUCUUCCUGUGACAACUCUAAAGAGUCACUAGUGGAUGCAAGAGAGCAGCAUCAUUUAAAUGAAGUGCAUCAUAGCAAAGAGGCGGAUGAAUUACAAAAGCAGACAGAAGAAACCAAAGCUGUUCAUGCAGAGUCUCCUCAACCCUCAGACAAGCUGGAGAGAGAAAAGAGUGUUGAAACUGCAGAGAUGAAGAGGCUAAGAGAAGAAAAAGAGUUGAAGAAAAGUAAGAAGGGAGGAGAGAGAGAAAAUAAAGAGGUGAAGAGGGGGCCAUCUGGUGGAAAGGAGUCAACAGCUGCACUUGAUGUUCGUCCGAAAUCUUUCUGUAACAACUCAAAAGAGUCACAAGUGGACGCAAAAGAGCAACAUCAUUUGAGUGAAGGUGCCAGCAGAUUGCAUCACAGCAAAGAGGCAGAUCGUUCGCAUAAGAAGACAGAAGAAGCCAAGGGAUUACUAACAGAGUCUCCACAGUCUGCAGAGAAGCUGGAAGCCAAAAUUUCCAUUGUGGAUGAGCUGCAGUCUCAGUUCAGUGAGUACGAGCAGAGCCAGGAACAGGUGGAGCACAUCCUGCAACACUGGGACCGAGCCCGGGGCUUGUUGCUGGUCCCGCUCCCCAGUGAAGAAGCCCAGCCGGUGUCAGAGGAUGCCCCAACAGAGAAACAGACCCCUGUCGGAAAGAGGAGCAAGAAAGCCAGCAGCAAGAUCUUAUCUCCAAUGCCCAGUCAGAUGGCAGCAGCAGCCGAAGCAGAGGAGGUGCUUCCACAGGACAUUAUCCCUCAUAUUGUCCUGAAUGUAACAGGGAAAGACUAUCCGAGUGCUGCAGAGCAGCUCAAAGGCAGCACCCUGCCUCCACUGGUUGAGGUGUUGGAUGAUUUGGGGUUGGGACCCAGCGGCCCACCCAUCCCUCCUCCCACCACCUUCUCUAUGGUUCCUUUUCCCAAAAACAGAAAGCAAUCUAACAGCAAACUUAUCUGUAGCUGCUUCACCUUCCUGGUUCCAUCAGGGCUGGACGAUCAGGACGAGGAGAAGAAAGAUUUGGUCGAAGAUGUGCGAGCAUCAGUUGUAAAGGAAGGGGCAGCAGCAACAGCUUCAAAACGCAGCAAGGGCAGCAUGAAGGAGAGUGCUGUUACAAAGGAGAGGGAUAAAAAGAGCAGGGAGGGUCAGAAGAGCAAGAGACAAACUUCGAUUCACGUCUCCUCCACAUCUGACUGCAAUGAACAAGACCAACACCAAGGAAACUUAGAUCUGAAACGCAACCAGAGCCUGACAACAUUUCGCUGGGUUGUACCAGCCAACGGUGAGGUGGUUCUGAAGAUCUGGUUCUACUCAGACUCCCCAGGGAAGUUUGAGCAGACCUUCAACUUUGAGCUACUGGGGACCCGGAGACACUACCAGCUCCUCUGCAGAGGAAUUUGCACCUAUCCCUCCAUCUGCAAAGACUACAUGACUCUCUUUUCCCACAGUAAGAAGGUACCACAAAUGGAAGAAGGGCUCCAGAAGACUUACACAAUCAAACCUGGGUUUUUUGAGUUUGGACCGUUACUCUGUGGCAAGACCAGAGACAGGUACAAGGAAAAUAGGUACCCAGAGAACACGGAGCGACUAGUGAUUCAUAACAAUUCAGGCUUGGAGGCUGAGGUCCAGUUCCAAUUCCAGCAUGAUAGCCAGGCCACCACAUAUCUGCUGGACCCCCCAACCAUGACUCUCAAACCUGACCAGAAACAGGAAUUGACAGUGUGGGCCUACCCAACAAAACCGGGACAAAUGAAGGACAGCGUUGUGUGCCAUGUCAAGGACAAUCCAGAGCUUGUCAUCAUCAGCCUUUCCUGCUGGGGCGUUCGGCCAGAGCUGGAGCUGGAAAGCAAGCAUUUUCAGUUUAGCAGGACUUUGCUGCACAGGCGGGACAGCCGCAGCGUGACGCUUCAUAAUAAGACGGCUCUGCCCGUUUCGUGGAGACUGCAGGGUGUGGAGGAGUUGGGUGACGAGUUCAGUGUGCCACAGGAUCAGGGCAUCAUAUCACCCAACUCCUCUCUACCACUGAGCUUGCACUUCAGGGCCAGGAGGCCACUCCACAUUAAGAAGAUCUUACGUCUUGAGGUAUCUGAUGUGGACAUGAUUCUAGGCAUCGUGCACACAGAAAACAUACAGGUCACAGCUGAAGCCCAUGACAUAGCUCUGGACAUCACACCAGAUGGCUGUCUGGACUUCGGAACCAUCAAAGUCUUUGAAGAAGCCAAACAGUCUCUCAGGAUGAAAAACCAAGGGAAAUAUGAAAUAGCCUACAAGUUUACAUUGCAGCGGACCAACCCAAACCAGCCAAACCUGGACUCCAUUUUCACGGUGUCCCCUCAGAGUGGGACUCUAAUGCCCCAUGAGAAGCCCACACCAGUGCAAAUACUCUGCAGACCCAUUACAGAAGUCUUGUUUAGAGAGCAACCUGUCCUACCUUGCCAGGUGAUUGAGCCCAGCAUUGGGAAUGGAGGAGAACCAAUAGCAAUCCUAACCAUCAAGGUUUCAGUCAAGUCCGUCUUCUCCAGGUACAAUAUUACUCCUGCAUGUGACCUCAACUUUGGCCCACUGGUCUACGGCUACAAGAAAAGCCAGAGCUUCACUAUUGAGAACAUUGGAGACUUUGAGACCCGUUUCCUCAUCUGCCGCAUGAUCACGGACCAGUCGCCACCGGGGAAGGCAGGGGGUCCAGGCAGGAAGAUGCCUCUAGAGGGCCAUUCAGAGAGACCAGCUGGAGCCUGUAGCAAAGUGAGACGUGAGUCCGUACAGAAGGACAUAAAUAUGACACAGAAUCGCCUCACCAUGGGGGUGUUCUCAGUGUCUCCCUGCAUUGGGAGCUUGCAGCCAGGCUCUCAGCAGGUGGUGACUGUAGACUGUGUGGCUGAACAGCUGGGCAACUGGAACCAGGGUUUGCUCAUUGACAUCAGUGACCGUGAUCCUUCAGACCAGCCUGAAGGCAUACCGUAUAGACUGCUGGCUGAAGUCUGCAAGCCAGGUAUAGCUUUAGACAUGGCAUCCAUCUUUGAGGAACACCAUCUGUGCCACAAAAGCAGUCAGCUCUCCUCGGAGCAGUUUUGCAACGCUGAAUGCAUUUACGUCCGAGACGAAAACAAGUUUAUUUUUAACAAAGUCCUGGUCGGGCGAACAGCCCAGGCCCGAUUCAAACUCACCAACAACAACAAGGUGCCCUGUGUGCUCAGCUUGGCCAUCAAGUAUGUUGGCUCUAAGACGUCCCGUAGCGCAGAGGUUUUUGAUUUGUCUGCUACAACACUGAGCAUCCCCAGCCAGUCACACUUGUUCGCUGUGGUCACAUUCACACCCCAGACGAUGCAGCCCUACAGUGCUGUGUUUGAGGCCACAAUGGAUGUAGCCAGCAGGUAUGGAAUGACACCCACAUUCAAGAGCAAAUUGCUGGAGUUCGACAUAAUGGGAGAGGGCAAUCUGCCCAGUAUAUGUGUGGUGCGUCCAGCUCUGAGGAACAGCAGAGGAAGCCCAAUGCUGCAGUUCACACAAGUGUUGGUUGGGCGCAGACAAACCCGGCCCCUGAUGCUGCUAAAUGAUGGGAAUGUUCCAGCUCAGGUCCAGAUUGACAUGCUGGAUAAACAUGGAGUGUUCACCCUCAAAGCUGCUCCUGGAAACACUUGCAGCUCCAUCCACUCCACACAGAUUGAAGGCGCCAAUGACUCAGAGCAUCAGCUGGUGCACCGAGCCAUGCUGAGGCUGGAUGUUAACGAGCAGGUGGAGUUUGAGGUCAGCUUCUGCUCUGACAAGCCCCUUAGCGUCAAGGCCAAGAUGUCACUGCAGGUGGAGGACAACCAUUAUGGCAAGACCAUAAUACCAGUGACCGGAGAAGCUUACCAGGAAAUUGUCUCUCUUGACAACAUCAGGCGGUCAUCGCAGGAAAUAGAUCAGGAAGAUGAUGAGGGAGGUAAUUAUGAGUUGCUGAAUCUUGGGGACUGCCAUGUAGAUUGUCCCUAUCAAGAGAGUUUCACCAUGACCAACCUUAGCAGCGGCCAGGUAGUGAGGUUUGAGUGGCCUCCUGUUGGAUCCCAUGUCUCCUUUUCACCACAGGUGGGGCACCUUCAUGCUGGUUGUUCCAAGGAAGUGACCGUCACCUUUUGCUCCAAUCAGCCAGUGACUCUUACCAGCCAGCCAAUGAAAUGCAAAGUUAGUCAGGUGGAGUUCCAGCAGCCGCUAGAGCAGGUGGUCGACUGGGACGACCGACAGAGAACGGUGCAGUGGCUGAGUUCUUCCAAGCAGGCCUCAGGAGCACCGCAGCAGCCGGUGAAGAAUAAGGUGAUAAAGACGGAUCCUGAGCCCUGCUGCUCGGUGGUUGAGGGCUCCCAGUGUGAGUUGGAAUUGCGAAUCAGCGCAGUGUGUGACUACGUGAAGUUCAGCUGCGACACCGACACCAUCCACUUCAAAGACACCAUGCUUUACCAAACCAGGGUCCACCAACUGCAGAUCGUGAAUCAUGGCAUUGUCAAGCUGGAAUACUCCUGGCAAGUCCUCAUGGAUCCAAGAAACAACAUUAUAAACCAUGACCAAGGAGAUGGGACCCUCCCUUCUCGACCAGGCAGCAGGUCAGCAGGAGUGUUAACUGGAGCCCGUCCUACCAGCGCUCUGGCCAACGUGAUGUCUGUUCUGACGAGGAAUCCUGAGCUUCCGCCCAUCAGCGUGGAGCCCAGCUUCGGGGCGGUAGCGCCCGGUUCCACUCAGAAUUUCAGCAUCCGCUUUUUACCUCUGGAAGUGGCCCAGUUUCAAGGCAGGCUGGUCAGCAGUAUCCCCAACCUGCAGGAUGGGGACCAGGCUCCCUGUGUCUCGGUGUGUGGCCGCAGCCUGUUGCCGCACUGCCACUUUGACCUGGAGGACUCCGACUAUAUCAGCGGGAACCGCCGUAACCCUGAAUUCAGGGGCCCUCUGGACCCUAACACCAGGGUCAUAGAGUUCAGCUCUGUUGGCUUCUCUGUGCUGUCAACAAGAUGUUUUAUUGUGUUGAACCCAACCAGUAAACCCUACUCAUUCAAGUGGAGCUGUGAAGACACAGGUGGCAGCCCAUUCUGCUGCCUCACCCCAUGCGGCACCAUCUUGCCUGGGAAGAAGGUGGAAGUGUGUUUUGAAUAUGUAGCUGAGCAGCUGGAAGCGGUGGAGUCAUUCUGGAACUUUACUAUUGAGACUCUGUCAGUGUCUGUCCCCUUCCUGUGCGUGGGCACCACUAAAGAACCACUUGUCUACCUUGACAGACCUCACCUUGACUUUGGUGAACUGCUUGUUGGUCGUCAAGUGGAACAGACAGUGGAUCUGGUGAACGGAGAGGAGGAGCUCUUCCACUUCUCUGUCCUGCAGUCAUCUCUUCUCUGUGAUGACCAGCAGUCCAGCCUCAUUUUGCAGCCCAUGACUGGCACAGUGGCCCCCAGAGACAGGUUGCCGCUUUCAGUGUCCUUCACGCCUUGCCGGGAGGGCUAUGUGAGCUUCAGAUUGGUUCUGAGGGUGAAGAGGAAGUCAGAGCCACUCUCACUCACAGUUAAGGCUGAUUGUUUCAGCAUGAGUACUUCCAUUCAAGUUGAGAAGCCUGAAGGAGGCCUCAGAGAGAUCAGCCCCAACCACAAAGACACUCUGGACUUUGGAAAGGUGGGGAUUUCAGAGCAAUCCGCCUUUCAUUUCCUGGUGUCCAAUCUGGCAAGAUUCAGAUUGGAAGUGAACUUUGAGCUAACGGGUCCCAGUGAUCUGCUGCAACACUUGCAAGCAAAGCCACAAAACGAUACUAUUGAGGUUGGGGAGCAGUUGCGGUCUUCACUCUUCUUUUGUCCACGGAGCAUUUGCACCCUGCGGGAUGUCAUACUGAGUAUCAAGAUAAAGCAUGGGCCAACGUUUACAUUUGCCAUUGAAGGAAGUAGUGUAGCACCCAGCCUUGAAUUCUCCUUCACCAAGUACAACUUUGGCAAGUGCUUUGUGUACAGUCUGGGCAUGGUGCCUGCCUCCCAGACUCUAGUGAUCAGCAACAAAGGCGAAAGGGACAUCAGUGUCGAGUGCCAGUUCAGAAACACCUCUUACCUAGAGAUGGACUUCAAACCUGAUAUUUUGUCCCCUGGUGCUGUGAUGGAGGCACCACUCAACUUCUAUCCUCGCGAGGCAUGCCGUUACAAUGAAAGACUCACCUUUGUCUUAAACAGCUGUGUCACAAAACACCUGGACAUACUGGGGCAAGGCAUCGAGAUGAAGCUGGAGGUGGAGAACCCGAAGCAGCGAAAAGUGAAGCUGGGAUCUCUGAUGUUGGGUCAGAAGGUGAAGAAACAAGUGGUUCUGGUCAAUCGCAGCCCUUUGGACCUCUCCUUUACUCUGCUGCUUAACACCAACACACCACUGGAUCCAAGGGAUCUCUCAUUCAGUCCAGCAGGUGAGCUGAACCUGAAAGCCCGUGUUGGCUCGUGUAAUGUUGAGAUCCAGUUCUCACCUCGUCAACACAUAGCUCCCUUCACCGCUGAGCUGCAGGCGGAGUUUGCAGGCCUGCUACACCCCCUGCUGACCAUCCAGGGCUGCUGCCAGGGUGUGGAGGUCCAGCUGGACCAGGACCACCUAGCCUUUGGAGCUGUUGUCCAGCGCUGCCAACCCAAGAAGAGGAUUGUCAUGAUGAACGCUGGGGACAUUGGUGCCAGGUUCCAGUGGAAAACAGAGAGUUUUCCUCCAGAGUUGUCCAUCACACCAGCUAAAGGCUAUAUCUGUCCAGGCAUGGAGGUUCCUUUCGAAGUGACUUUUGCCCCGGUGGAACUGAUUAACGACACGAGAUAUGAGAACCUGUCUUGCUGUGUGGAGGGCUCCUCCUCACCCGUUACCCUCACUGUAACAGGCUCCUGCAUUGUCGCCUCCACCAGCAAAGAGGUGGUGAACUUUGUUUGCCCGGUGCGUGGCUCUCACACCCAGAGUCUCCCCGUGUUCAACCCCACAACUCAGCACUGCAGCAUCAGACCUGUCAUAGAGGGAGAACAGUGGAGCGCUACAUCCUCUGUGAUCCUUGAGCCCCUCCAAAACAAGACAUAUGAGAUCACCUACCGCCCACUGUCCAUGACUGCUGAUGGGAAGAAACACCUGGGAUCACUCUUUUUCUCCUUCCCUGAUGGGACGGGCAUGCUGUACUCCCUUCAAGGAACUGCUGAACCUCCAAAGGCAGAGGUCACUGUUGUGCAUGAACUGCCUGCAAAGACUCAACACACAGAGUUGCUCCCUGUGCAAAACUGGCUAUCCAAGCAACAGCGGUUCCGUGUGUUGAUGGAGAUCCUGAAACCUGACAAAUCAGAUGCUACAGUGUCCCUCAAGGGUCCAGAAUACAUUGAUGUUCCUGCUUUGGCCAGUCGAGACUACAAGAUGUCUUUCUUUACAUACAGAGAGGGCCAGUACUACACCAAGGUGACGUUUCUUAACGAGGGGUCCGGUGAGUACUUGUUCUACCUUGUUACCUUCAAGGCCACAUCUCCAGGAGUCCUGUCCACCAUAGAGCUGGUGACCCCUGUCCGUCAGACGGCCUCAGCCACUGUGCAGGUGGAGAACCCCCUGACCACAGUUACCUGCCUCACCACUGAGUGUAAAUGCCCUGAGAUCAGUGCCCCACCUCAGCACACAGUGCCAGGACAGUCAAAGGGCUCUCUAAGCUUCGAGUACCAGCCCCUGCGUGAAGGCGAGUCUACGGCCCGGCUGACUCUGCAUAGUACUGAUCUUGGCUACUUCCACUAUGAUCUGAUUCUUAGAGCUCUGGCCCCACCACCAGAGAAAACCAUCCACUUCAGCACUUGUCUGGGCAGCAGCCAUUCCGUUCCUGUUAAGUUUACCAACCACGCCCGCUUCAAAACUGAGUACUUGGGCAAGACAGAUUGCCCGGACUUCAUCGUGGAAAAAGCCAUACACCAGGGGGGGUCAGAGGUCAGCAUGGAGGUUUGUUUUGAACCUUAUCAGCUGGGGCAAGUGAGAGGCCAGCUCAGCGUGUCCUCAGUGAUCGGUGGCGAUUACGUUUUUCCCUUGCACGGGAUCUGCCUCCCUCCCAAAGCCCAGGGCCCGUUCAGCGUCCGGGCCGGUCGCAGCGUUGCCAUCCCCUUCAAGAAUGUAUUCCUGCAGACCACCACUUUCUCUUUUCAGGUGGACAACCCCUGUUUUACAGUUAAAGAGGUGGACACCAUCCUCUCCAAAAAGACCCAAAACAUCCUGGUGUCCUUUGACCCCCCUCCAGGAGGCUCUCCGGGGCCGUGGUUCGGCAAGCUGACCAUCUCCAGCCAGCGUUCCGAGGGCCACAGCAAACCUUGUUCUUGGGUCUAUUACCUGAGGGGCUACCGCUCUGAGACAUCUUAGAGAGAGAGAUAUGUACACACACGCCUACUGUACACAAAUUCAACUGGCUGUGCAGACACACACAUAAGAGCAUACAC